AGGACACACUGACAGGAGGGCGAUAGAACGUGGUCUUCAAAGGAUUGAAGGACUAUUUUAUAUUUUAUUAAAACACAAGGCUUCGCGUCAACUGACGACAUAAAACGCACCAGAAUGAGUAAAGACGCCGAGGUGGACAUGAAAGACGUGGAACUCAACGAAGUUGACCAGGAGAAGCAGCCAAUGACUGCUGGAGAGACAGCGAACGGAGAUGCCACCUCGCCGACUAUUACUGAGAAAAACGGUAGCGUCAUGCUCAAGAUUCCUGAGGAAAACGAGACAAAAUUUACCGGUCUCUCCAAAGAGGAACUACUGAAAGUGGCAGGAACUCCAGGGUGGGUAAGAGCUCGUUGGGCUCUGUUGAUUCUCUUCUGGAUUGGCUGGUUGGGGAUGUUAGCUGCAGCUAUUGUCAUCAUAGUCCAGGCCCCCCCAUGCAAACCGAUCCCAGCGCUGAACUGGUGGAAUCUUGGUUCCAUGUACCAAGUUGGAGAUGUGAAUGCAUUCACAGAGUCCCCUGGCCUUGCAGGUUUGGAGAAGAAGAUUGACCGUCUGUAUCAGAUGAAAGUGAAGAGUUUGGUGGUUGGGCCCAUUCAUGUUGCACCAGUAGAUCAGGCUGAGGACCUGAAUUUUCAGGAGAUCGCCUCUGAAUUUGGCAGUAUGAGUCAGUUCAAAACACUCGUAGAAGCUAUGAAGAAAAAGAGUAUGUCGGUGGUGUUGGAUUUGACCCCUAACUAUCAUGGAGCAGACCCCUGGUACUCCAAUAUGACCAUCCCAGAUGUUGGCGAAAAACUGAAGGUUGCACUGGUGUACUGGAUGGAAAAAGGUGUGGAUGGGUUUCAGUUCUCUGGCGUGGACCAUCUCUCCUCUCAGUUCCCGAUGCUCUGGUCUGAAAUUAAAGUCAUCGUGCAGAAUUCGAGUACGGACACCAAAAAGGCUCUGAUCGGCGUCACCGAACACGCAUCGGCACCGGUGGUGUCUGACCUUUUGAACAGCACUGGUGUGAACCUGCUGCUGUCUGGUGUCCUCCGAUCCAGUCCUUCCGCUGCCUCAGGGAGUGGCCAGGCCAUCCAGCAGCUCUACUCCACCCAGGACCAGAGACAGCUGGCCUGGAACUUUGGUGACCGUGUUCAAGGUCAUUUAGCCUCACUGGCCAGUUCCACAAUGGUCAAAUUCAACCAGCUCCUGCUGCUCACGCUACCUGGAAUACCCGUGUUCAACUAUGGAGAUGAAAUUGGACUGGAGGACGAGCUGGACACAAAGUUCCCCAAGAUGUUGUGGGCUGCUCCUGACGAUGCCAAUAAAACCUCACAGGACAUGAAGUCUCUUUUCGAGUUCUUUAAGAAAGCGAGCGAAUACCGAUGGAAAGAGCGGUCUCUGUUGUACGGCGACUACCGGCCAGUAUUCGGUUCUCCCAAAGCGCUUGCCUAUGUCAGGAGCUGGGACCAGAGUACACGUUUUGUAGCCGCCUUUAACUGGGACUCUGAUCCCGUUAAAAUGGCUCUGAAAGGGGAAGAUCUACAAGAUACGGCCAAGGUCCUGCUCAGCACUGACACGCGGCUGUCUGCAGAUACUGAGGUGAAACUGGCAGAGCUGGAGCUGGGUCCAGGUCAAGCUGUACUGAUGCAGUACAGCUACCGAGGUUGAGGAGGGCAAAUAUAACGUUAGAUACUUUACGUGAAUUGUGCAUUGACGUCAAUUAGAUACAGUAACCUGGAUUGUUUUUUAUGUUUUUUUUUUAAAAAUUUUUUAAUUGUUACAAUUUUUUUAGAAUGCAGAAAUGUACUGAUUUUUUUUUUUCAGUAGAAGACCUUACUUGUAACACACUGGCAGACCACACAUGGACACAUGUGCAAUGUGCCCGCACACUACAGUCCAAACAGUCCAAACACUGUAUCUGACCGCUACUUUUUAGGGGAUCGGAACAUAAGAAAGCAGUGGGUUUUUUUCCUUCCUUAAAAGCAUCCCUCCCCACACUGGUAUUUUGCUGUUACGUAGAAAUACAUUCCAAUAGGAGAACAUAUGACAGCAAUGUCAUUCAGUACUUUUUUUUCAAGAUUUUAAUUGCUUUGUUUUGUUUUUUUAAUGGGUGUUUCUUUUAGGUCAAGUGUCAUUGUGAUGCAAAAGAUAAUGUCUCUCAUGUUUUGUAAAGCAUGUGAUUAAAAAUGGGCUGGUUUGCUCCUUAAUGAAAUGAAUGUGGUUUGACACACAAUCAGCCUGAAACUUUAAGAAAAAAAAACCCACCUGAGGCAGAAAUAAAACAACAGACAUCAACCCAUGACUUGUUGUCUUUAU